AUGCAGAACAUUUGCUGGAGAAACCCAACGUGGCGGAGCUUGUCCCUUCAUCUGCUCUCAUGUUCAGUUGGUCUGGUCAUCGGCGCUCGUUUGUUGUUCGGUUUAGAAAAGAGUGCGUCUUGUGUCAAAAGCACCGACGGUCACGAUAGCAGCGGCGGAGGUGUCGAGGCGUUGCGUCUGUUCUCUGCCCACUUUCGUCCCGAUGACAUGGUCAGAACCAGGACAGAGGCCUAUCGCAUCAAGCAAACCGAGUCUGCCAAGGUAUGCGGUGCCGGUUCCUUAAGACAGCCUAGCGAAAGGGGUUGA